UUCAACCAUGCCUCACUCUCUACCACCAACUCGGGCUCACAUGGAAGCCCAGGCCCGACCCCAACUCUUGGUUCCAACCCUGCCUCACUUUCAGCCACCACCUCAGACUCACAUGGAGACCCAGGCCCGCCCCCGACCAUGGACUCCACUCACGCCCCAAUUUCAACCAUCACCUCGAGCUCACAUGGAGACACAGGUGCGAUCCCAACUCUUGGCUCAAACCAUGUCUCAUUUUCAACUACCACUUCUGGCUCACAUGAAGACCCAGGUUCCGCCCCUAGUCCAGACUCCAUCCAUGUCCCAGUGUCAAUCACCACAACCUCAAGCUCACAUGGAGAUUCAGGACCAAUCCCUACCUUGGACUCCAAACAUGCCCCAGUUUCAACCACUUGUUCAGGCUCAUGUGGAGACCCAGGGCCGAUCCCUACCCUGGACUGCAACCAUGCCUCAAUGUCCACCAUCAUCUGAGAUUUCCAUGGAGGUCCAGGACCACCAACAACCCUCAGCUCCAACCAUGCCCCAGUUUCAACCACCUCCUCGGGCUCACGUGGAGAUCCAGGCCCAACCGAUACCCCUGGCUCUAAAUAUACCUCACUGUCAGCCAUCUUCUCGGGCUCAUAUGGAGAUCCAGGCCCAACCUCAAUUUUUAACUCCAACCAUACCCCAAUAUCAUCCACAACCUCAGGCUCAGUUAGAAACCACUGUCCAUCUAUCACGCUCCCCCCUAGUCCAGUCAUCAUCUUCUCAACGCCAGAUUGGCAUUGAGAAGUCCUUUGAAACAUCUUGCACUACAGUCCCAAAUAAGGCAUCAUCUUUCAGUUCAAAUGCAAUUGAAAACCUGGAAUGUCACUUUUGGAAAAAACAACUAGAAAGCAGGAGAACUUUGCCCUCUUUGGUUAAAAAUUCUCAGCAAGUCUUUAGCCAGGUCACUCUCAACCCAUCCCAGGAGACCAGGUCUUCCCAGGCCCACAGCUCUGUCCCCAUCCUUCCUGGGCAUUUGAUCAGCCCUGAGGUUCGGAAGAAACUGGAGCACCACAUUUCCCAAAGGUUCAUGCAGCAACAGAGUGGCCUGCCCUGCAGAAUCCAAGCAUCUCAGAAACUGAUGCAGCCCCAGGAUCAAUACCCAAGGCCAUGCCAGGCACAGGGCAGGGAGGGGCCCUCAAGAUCUUCUGCAGGUCGAGGCAAAAUGAGCCAGGAUGUACAAAAGAUGAGGUCCAAGUGCCCAGCACAAAUCCUACCAGGGACAGACCUGUGCCAUGAGGUGGGGCAGAGUGUGGGGAAGAUCGUAAAAGAUCUGUACAUGUUCCCAGCCAACCCUCCAGUGAAGGACCCAAGAGCAAAACCUGCAUCAGAAAUAGAGUUGAGCCUAGACAGGAAGCAACCAGAAGUCUCAGGAGUCCUUACAGAGAGGAAGGCAGAGCAGAUCUGUGAGAGUGAGAUCCCUGUGAAUGUCUGUCACUUGAGGCUUGUGGACAACCUUGCUUUAGGCACUCUGGGAGAGACAAAUGCUCCCAUGAAGACAGAAAGUACACAGUCCUCUCAGGAUGGGAAAGCCUCCAUGAUCACCUCCCAUGAGUCUCUUGUCCUCAGCCCGUAUACUGAGCAGGAGUUGGAAGCACAUAUAAUAAGGUUUCGGGUGAGGCACAGGUGGAGCCUAUUCUUCAAAGUCCUUAAGUUCAUAUUUCGCUUGAAGUUGAAAAAGGUUCAAGUGCCCACAUUGAAGGUCACCUGUGAAUCUGGAUACCAGUCAACUGCCCUAUUAACCAAGGGCUUGGGGAAACCUCCUCAGCCCCAUGCAGGUGAGAAACUGAAAACAACGGAGGCAGUUCCCCCACUGGAGAGGCCCCUCCCUGUCCCCUCACAGGUGACUGAGGAAGCCCGGGGGGCUCUGGGAGGACGCACACCUGGGGACACCCAUAAGCCCCCAGAGGCCCCUCUGACUGGACAGGAAGACAAGCCACCUCCUCAGGCCCCCACAUACAGCUUUGUGGGCAGAAUGUGGCACAGCAUGUCUGUAGUGGAGGCUGACAAAGGCAGCCUGGAGCCAAGUCCAAGUUCAGCCAUGGCCAGGAAUGAGCCACAGAAGGAAACCAGGGGGUAGGCCUCCCCAGCAUCUUGCUCUAAUGUGAUAGUUGUGGACCUUGAUGAAUGCUCCCCAUCUUCCAGGGCGCAAGAGGUCGUGGAGGGAGACUCUGCUGGGAAGGGCACCAGGGAACCUAGCGUGCAGGUCAAAUACCUAGACAUCAAUAUCGAUCUCGGGAGAUCACGGUCUCCAAGGUCCAGUGAAAGCCCCUCACUGAACACCACAUCUGCUGCCUCAAAUACAGAAGAUCUACUCUUUGAGACACAGUCUCGUAAGCUUGAGUCUCAAGGGUUCGCUGACCAGCAGGCUCCGGCUCAGGGCCGAGCUACCAGCGUGCUCCUUCAAGACUGUGAAACUGGAGUACUCCUUCAAGACUGUGCCACCGAUGUGCUUCUCAAAGACUGUCACUCGAAUAUAUUUCUUGCCGCAAACAUCUUGGCUUCUCAGGAAUCUCUGUCCUCUUUUCAGAUCUUAUCCAGUGGAGACAAGUGCAAUUCCCAAAAACUCU